UGCGCACUGGUCCACUGUGCGGCCGUCCGGCAGUGCCGUGGGCGCCUAGGGGGUGAGCAGGACCCCGGCCCCAAGAUGGCGGCGCCCAGCGAGGCGGCCGCGGCUUUCCCCUCCCCUGGCGAUGGCGGCGGCGGGGGUUUCGGGUCCUGGCUGGAUGGGCGUUUGGAGGCUCUAGGAUUGGAUCGAGCGGUGUAUGGCGCCUAUAUCCUCGGCGUCCUGCAAGAGGAGGAGGAGGAAGAGAAGCUGGACACUCUGCAGUGCAUCCUUUCUGCUUUCCUGGAAGAAGACUCCCUCCUCACCGUCUGCAAAGAGAUUGUGGAGCGGUGGUCAGAAUCUCAGAAUGUUGUCCCCGAAGUGAAGAAAGAAGAUGAGGUCCAGGCCAUUGCCACACUGAUCGAGAAGCAGGCGCAGAUCGUAGUGAAGCCUCGGGUGGUGACGGAGGAGCAGCGGCAGAGGAAGGCAGCCCUGCUGGCGCAGUACGCGGAGGUGACUGACGAGGAGGAUGAACCAGAUGAGAACAAUGAUUUGGGUGCUGGAAUGAAUGCCAGUUCUGACAAAUCUCUGUUCCGCAACACCAACCUGGAAGACGUCCUCAGUGCUCAGAAGCUGGAGCGGGACUCACUUCGGGAUGAGUCCCAAAGGAAGAAGGAGCAGGACAAACUCCAGAGGGAGAGGGACAGACUGGCCAAGCAGGAGCGCAAGGAAAAGGAGAGGAAAAGGACACAGAGAGGGGAGCGGAAACGAUAACCUCGGGCAGCUCCGCUCGCCAUGGUGGACUUGCGCCUGGGUGUGUGUAAGAAGACUGAGCACCUGGGCAGAUGGUUUGUUUUCCACUGCUGUUUCCAUGGCACAAAGGAAAAUCCCAGUCCGCCCAGUCACGACAGGUGUGUGUUCGGUGGUCUGGGCAGUCACAUUGCAGUUGAUGUUCUCUACCAAAGACCUGGCAUGGAGCAGCCUUCACAUUUGAGUACUCAAGUCCCAGGCUCCUGUAGCUCCUUUCUAAAAGGGAGUCUUCCAUGCAUAAAGAGCGGGAUUCAGGAAGUUGAGUCAGGUUUCAUCCCAAAGGAGCGGAGCCUGGACCUCUGCUCUGCAGUGUGCAGUGUGAGCGUCCACUGCUCAGGGGGUGAUGUUUACCCCAAAUGUUAUAGCUCCUGGUGGGGGUAGGAAGCCUGCUGAACCCUGAGUUCAUAGUAUGUGGCAGCAAGCUGUUUGAUAAGGGAAUGUUAUAGAUCUGAGACUGUUUCCUAAGAAUGUUUCAGCUUAGCCGGGGAUGUAGAUCAGUAGCACUGUACCUGCCUGGUAAGCGCAGGGUCCAGAGUUCAAUUCUUGGUACAAAGAAAAAGCUUCAGUUUACAGGAGAAAAAAAGUCUCUGAAUGGAGACAGUUACACAUUUUUCCUCAUCUGCACAGUGACUUUUAGAAGAGUCAGUACUAUGUGCAAGGAUAUCACUGUUAGCUAGAUUAACUUUUUAUAAUCAUGAAUCUCCUUGAGUGCCAGUAGCUUUUAUUCCUGAUUUGCCCUAAAUCAUGCCUAUGGAGGCUGCUAAUUCCUGGUUUGGGAAACCCUCAUAGGAAGAACACUGGGCCCCUUGGUGACACAGAGCUGUGUAGGACAGCACAGCUGGUCCAGCGAGGAGUGAGGGCUGGGGCCUGGGAGGCAGAGGCUGCAGGGCUUCCUCCUGAGGGUCAUGAUCACAGCCAUGCCCGCCACAGGCCAGGCCCUUAGCUUUCUGAUGCCAACAGGGCCCUGGGCUCAACAGACCACUCCCCAAGAGCCAACAUGGCACCUUGUAGGGAGCCAUUGAAGCUGGAGAUCAGUCGUUCAUGUGGGGCUAAAGCAAGGCCAGUCCUAAAAACAGAGAGCCCAAGACAAGCCCGGUAAAUAAGCUGUUCCAGCUGGGAGAAGGCAAGGGACCCAGGCCAGCCAGGUACACAAGCUACUAGGCAGCGGGUUUGGAACUGACAUCAUUUGAGUGUAUAAAUAAACAUGCCACAGUGGCUGAGCAGUCCCCCUGCUUUCCCGUCAGGAGAGGGUGCCACCUGACCUCAGCUUUUGUCUUCAUUUUCUCAUCCUUUCACUGUCCUCCCCAGGAACAUCUAGAGCUGCAGCUGGUCGCAAUGGCGCCUGGUUUUCAUGGCAUGGUGCAAGCUAAAAACAGUUUUUACAUUUUUUUAAAGAUUGUAAAAGAAACUGAGGGUCACAGGAUUCAGCCCAGCCUGGGCAACUUAGUUAUUUAGCCACAGCAGACCCCUGUCUCAAAAUUUGAAGGACCAGGGGUGUAGCUCCAUCCGGAGCUCCUGGGUUCAGACCCUAGUACUCCAGGAAAAAAACAAAAAGCAUGUGAGAUCACAGGUGAUCUGUAAAAUCUAAAAUAUUUACUACUUAGCUCUUGAAAGUUUGCUGAACUGUUUUAUAUCACUGCAAGAUUAACAAGAUCUUUACCUUUGUGCAGAAGGUUUUUUUAAAAGGCAUGAGUAAAGAAGAUACAUUGCCUCUUCACAGUCCAGUAACCAUGGCAUUGCAAAAAUCAUCUUUUUUAAAAAAAAAUAAACUAUUUAAAUCAC